CUCUCUUAUUUUAUAGGAGGAACGAUGAAAUCCUUCUGGGAGCUUUCUGCUAACAUCUACCUCCGUAUUGAAGCUUCCUUUUCGUUAAAUAUAAUCGCAUCUAGCCUACUACUAGGCUGCCAUUUUCUACCACGUGAUGGUUACAGCGCAUGCGCAGAUUGCUCUUGCAUCUGAUUACUGAUAACAUUCACAAUGAAUCUCAUUAACUUCAUAUUCUACCUAGGUGAAUAUCGUUAACUAGCUGUGGUUAGGUUGAUAUGGCUUAUAUAACACCCGGCGGUCCCUUUGAUCUUACAGUAACUAUAGUAUAUAGUUUUUAUAAGAGCGAGGGUUUGGAAUUCGUUUUGUAAUGCCAGGCUAUGACUUAAAGAUUAACGGUGAGUACGCCCGGAUAGAGUCUCUCCAGUGCUCCUCAUGUGAACUGAUACUGAGAGACGCUAUACAAAAUGAAGAGGGACAGAGGUUCUGUAAGAGCUGCUGGGAAGAAGCAAUUUCCUCUAGUUCAAAAGCUCAAAGAUUGGGGAUUAAUCCAAAGGAAGAAAUACAUCCUGAUAUUGCUGUUAGAAGAGAGAUAGAUAGGCUCCUAGUUUUAUGUGAGAACUAUGAGAAUGGUUGUGAUUGGACUGGAAAGCUUAAGAACCAUGAGCAUGAUCACAAAGCUAUCUGUGAGUAUAAGACCAUGAGGUGUCCUCUUGGCUGUGGUAAGAGAAUUCCUCUUGGAAAGUUGAGAAAACAUGAACAAGAUGAGUGUCCAUUUCGAAAAGUCCAUUGCCCACAUUGCAGAAGCCAAAUGUUGGCUGGAGACUAUAAUGAUCACCUAUUGAGUUGUCCUAAUGCUCCUUAUGCUUGUGGUCAUUGUCACACUGAAAUGCCUAGAAGUGAAAUGGAUAGUCACACGUUACUUAAUAACUGCAGAGGACAAUUGUGUUGCUCUGGAUGGCAUCCGCAGAUACUUAAUCAUUUGGAACAUGAUCAAGUCUUCAUGCAUUUUCAAAUGCUUGGACCGGCUAUCAAGACAAUGCAGACACAAUUAAAUGUAGAACUGAAGGAGAUUCGAAAAGAGCUUAAAGAAAUUACUGAAAGUACUUCAAUAUUCAAGGACGAAAUGAUUAACGAGAGCUUCUCAUUAACACAACAAGUGAAACAAGUCGAAGAGCAUCUUAAAGGAAAACCUUCAAAUCAAAUUAUACUGGACUUACAAGAAAGAGUUAAACAACUAGAUGACAAAGUUAAUAAGCUGGAAUCUCGAGCAAGCUACCGUCCUCUUAACCAGGGCUUUGAUGACAUGUCAUCAAGUGAUAGCAAAAUGGGAGGAUCAAUCGAGCACAAAUUAGCAGAGCAAGAAAGGACGUCGGGGAUGUUAAAAGUUCAUUUGUCAGAGCUCGAAUUACAAUUACAAGCUUCUCUUGCUUCUACCUACAAUGGCUCAUUCUUGUGGCGCAUACCUGAUGUCAAACGAAGGAAAAGAGAUGCAAUUGAGGGGAAAAUCACAUCAAUAUACAGUCCACCUUUCUACACUGGACGAAAUGGAUAUAAGAUGUGUAUUUAUGCCUAUCUUAAUGGAGAUGGAAUCGGAUAUAAUACGCAUCUAUCCAUUUUUUUUGGCUUGAUGAAAGGUGAAUAUGAUCCAUUAUUGAAGUGGCCCUUUGAUUACGAAGUGUCUUUAAUCAUGGUGGAUCAAGACCACAAGAGGCACAUUGUGCAGACUUUCAAACCAUCUCCUACUUCCAGUAGCUUCCAGAGACCAAAAUCAGACAUGAAUAUCGCCUCUGGGUAUCCAAAGUUUGCCGAAUUAACAAUCCUUGACAAUGAAUCAUAUGUGAAAGAAGACGUAAUGUAUGUUAAAGCUAUUGUGGACACUACUAGGAUUUUUCACCCAUAAAAUGAUUGAUUGUUUGUCCAAAAAUUUUUACUAGGUUGGUACCUAAAUACUAGUAUGUAUGCACAUUUUGCAGAUGAUUCAUCAUUAAAAUGUUCUUAAAAGUUAA